UUUCUCUUUAUUUAUUGUCCAUUUAUUUAUUCUUUGACACUCGCGAAUUCUUUGUGCUAGCACAUCUCUGUUGUCAUGAAACUCAUUAUAAACAGGUAUAAUGGACACAAGGUAAUUGUAAACCUCGCAUCGGCAAUAAAAAUCAGCAUGCUAAAACAGUUAAUCGCCGAUCGACUGGGCAUCGGCGCGAGUAACCAGCAUUUAUAUUACCAGUCGCAAGAGUUGCAAAACAACGAGUGCAUCGGGGUCAGCAAGCGCACAAAUAGAAAAAAGGCGCCAACACCAGUCACAUUGCAGUUGCUAGUUGGAUCCACCGUCAACGUACGUGCAGGUGACAUUGUAGUCGGCCUAUGGACAAGCGAUGCGUGCACAGUUGGACAAAUGAAAGAGAAAGUAUGCGCUUGGCUGGGCUACGACACAGUUGACUAUGCGGUUUUUGUCGGUCUCAAAAGGGCAAGCGACAAGGCAAAAAUUGGCGAUUGCCAGCUACUAAAUGGAGAAGAGCUGCGCUUCGAAAAGCGCUUUGUCAGUGUAUGUGGCCAGCCAAUCGUGUGGCUCCGAAAGAGAAUGGCACGGCGGGGCAACCCUAGCAGUGUUCAGCGUGUUGCUGCCGCCAUCGCAGCAGCUAAUGCUUACUCUUGUCCCACUAAUAUCGGGCAAUUGGUCACUGCAAGUUAAGCUCACGACAAAUCAAUUAGUGUGAUCCAUCCGUUAUUACUGCAGAUCACGCAGCCGAUCAGCGCGAUGUGAUGGUGAACGGGUGUUUGUUCUCACCAAAAUCCCAGGCGCACGCUGUCGCUGCCGCUGCCGCUGCCACUGCCACAGGCACUGCACCUUGCGCACGUCCCAAGCCCAUCGGUGUCGGGGAUAAGGGGGACGCAGAAAGUAUUCGAUUCAAAAAAGCAGUUAUCCAAAAAAAGGGCAAAAAAACUGUCAGCCCAAUUAAAAAAGACAACACACAGGCCCUCGUCCGAAUCAACAUCAGGACCAGCUAUGAUGACACAGAAGUGUGCGAAUAAGUAUUUGCCACCUAUUUUUUGUUUCGUCCCUAGAUCCGCAGAAAGACAGGCACAAAUGGGUAUUAAAGCUGGCACAAGGGGGGGUCUUGCUC